AAAAAACCACUUCCUUCCUUCUGUUGGUCGUCAGUCCACGCCCACUUUCACGCCCCACUUUCACUUCCCAUCUUCACGCCCCUCGUUGGAACCGCUUCCCCCACCUUGUUGGCCUUUGACUGGUUGGCUCCUUCCCUCCGUCCUUCUUUCCAUUCAUCGUCACUCAUAUCCGUCAGUCAGCUCUCGCUCGCUUGGAGGAGGAGGAGCAGGAGGUGCGUGCACACACCGUGAACCACGAUCCCCGCAAUCCAUUCAUCCGCCCGCCCGUUGGCCCGUUAACCUGGACCCUGUCAGCCUUCAGUUGCGCUAGCUCCAUCCGUCGUCAUCAUGCAAGCCGCCACGCCCACCGUCCCCGAUCUCAAUCCGGCCAACGCGGCCGCCCCACCCCAGCCCGGCAACCCCAACUACCCCAUGGCCUCGUUGUACGUGGGAGACUUGGAUCCUUCGGUGACGGAGGCCAUGCUCUUUGAGAAGUUCUCUUCGGCCGGCCCCGUGUUGUCGAUUCGUGUUUGCCGAGAUAUGAUCACGCGUCAAUCGCUGGGAUACGCCUACGUCAACUUCCAGCAACCCGCCGAUGCUGAACGCGCUUUGGACACGAUGAACUUUGAUGUGCUGAAAGGUCGUCCGAUCCGCAUCAUGUGGAGCCAACGGGACCCCUCUCUGCGUCGCUCGGGCGUGGGCAACGUGUUCAUCAAGAACCUGGACAAGACCAUUGACAACAAGGCCAUGUACGACACCUUCUCGGCCUUUGGAAAUAUCUUGAGCUGCAAGGUGGUUCAAGACUCCGUGGGUGGCGAGUCCAAGGGCUACGGCUUCAUCCACUUCGAGACCGAGGAGGCGGCUGUCAAAGCCAUCAGCAAAGUCAACGGCAUGUUGCUCAAUGGCAAGAAGGUCUUCGUGGGUCGGUUCGUGCCGCGCAAGGAGCGCGAAGUCGAGCUCGGCGAAAAGGCCAAACGUUUUACCAAUUGCUAUUUCAAAAACAUCACGGAAGAAAUGACCGAAACUGACAUGACCGAAAUGUUCAAGAAAUACGGCGACAUCAGCUCUCUCAAGAUUGUGAAAGGCGAAGAGGGUAUGAACAAAGGCUUCGGCUUUGUCAGCUUCGAAGAUCCGGAAUGUGCCGAGAGGGCCGUGGAAGAUCUCAACGGCAAGGAAAUCAAUGGACGUCCCAUGUACUUGGGGCGGGCCCAGAAGAAGGCCGAGCGCCAAACCGAGCUCAAGCGCAAGUUCGAGUUGGUCAAGAUGGAGCGUCUGAACCGCUAUCAAGGCGUCAACCUAUACGUGAAGAAUCUGGACGACACCAUCGAUGACGAGCGUUUGCGCACCGAAUUCGCCCCCUUCGGCACCAUCACGUCCGCCAAGGUCAUGACCGAGGAAGGACGAAGCAAGGGAUUCGGGUUCGUUUGCUUCUCCUCCCCGGAGGAAGCCACCAAAGCCGUGACCGAGAUGAACGGACGGAUCAUCGUGGCCAAGCCCUUGUACGUGGCCCUGGCCCAGCGGAAGGAAGAUCGAAAGGCCCACUUGGCUUCGCAGUACAUGCAACGUGUCACCGGCUUGCGCAUGCAACAGAUGGGACAGAUGGGCUAUGCCCAACCCUCGGGCGGUUACUUCAUGCCUGCCAUGCCCCAGCCUCAGCGCUUCUUCAACCCUGCUCAAGCGGGCAUGCGCUCGGGCACACCCCGAUGGACUCAACAAGGCCGCGGAGGCGGCAACCCCGGCAUGAUGAACAUGGGUGGCUUCCGAUCCCACGGUCCUCGAGGACCCCGCCCCUCUCAGGGCGGUAUGGGAGGACCGGGAGGUGUGCGCCAAAUGGGACAGCCCAUGAUGCCCAUGAUGCAGCGCCCGGGACUCUCACACCAGGCCGUCCAACAAAUGCAGGCCGCCAAUCCCCGCUCCCAAGGAUUCAAGUACACCCAAGGCGUGCGCAACCCUUCGGUGCCCGUGAUGCCGCAGUCCAUGCCGCCACAACAACAGGCCCAACAAGCCGUGGUCAUCCAAGGUCAGGAGCCUUUGACGGCCUCCAUGUUGGCGGCUGCUCUGCCUCAAGAACAGAAACAGAUGUUGGGCGAGCGAUUGUUCCCCUUGAUCCAGAGGAUGUACCCAGAGAUGCCCGGAAAGAUCACGGGCAUGUUGCUCGAGAUCGACAACUCAGAGUUGUUGCACAUGUUGGAGCACCAAGAGUCCUUGAAGAGCAAGGUCGAUGAGGCCGUGGCCGUUCUUCAGGCCCAUCAGAAGCAGCCUUCCGACGCCUAAACCUGUCCGAGGUGGUGAAAGAGAGCUCCCGUUCUUUGUAUUCAUUUGGCCAUCCAUCAUCCAUAUAUCGGCUCAGAAAGUCGGCCAACAGCAACUUCGGAAUCACGCCUAUCACGUUUCUUUCCUCAAGAAACUGGGUUUCAUUGCAGAAAAAUGAGUGGCAUGGAGUGGUCCAUGUGUGUACGUGACGUCGUCUUUUCUUCCUUCUAUACCCUCUUUCACGAAUGACCCAGGGAAAAAAUUGCCUCCAUAUCUCCGUUAUCCUUUACCCUCUGGGUCUGACCGGACUUCUUUGUUUGAAACAGAAAGUGUAAAGGAAGUAUCUCUACCCUCCCCCCUCCCCCUCUUUUUUGCCUUUGAAGCGACCAACAAUAAAGAAAAAAAAAGUAUCAGCCAAAAAAUUGCAAAACACGUGGAAAAGCACCCCUUAAGAGUGCUGAAAAAAGUUGACACGAUUGCUGCUGUUCUGUACGACCCACGAACAUUAGACUUAGACUUCAAGUGUCUAGCGUACAGGCAGAUCAGUAAAAGAAAAAAGCCCCAAAAUGAACAAAAAAAUAGUAAAACUUCCGAAAAAUUGAAAUUACAAAAAAAAAACCAAACUUUGAAAAAAACCUUCCUGCUAUGGAUAGUUUUGUAGGUUAAGUUCAUACCGUUAUGUUACAACAUUUCUUCUUCUACUUCCGCUACUACUAUUACUACAAUAUCUGAAGCAAGCCUUUUCCCGCAAAUCCUUUGUCUAAAUACAUGAUUUCGUGGAUGUUGAACAAUAAAAUCCUACUUUUAGAAUGA